AUGGCCAUCCCCAAGUGUGGUGACGAGGCCUGCCUCGACGCCGACUGCGACGCGGCGCGCGCUCCGGUCUCGCUCUCGCAGACCGAGAAGGCGACCCUGCUCGGCCUCGUCGCGGAGGCCGACGGCGCGAGCGGGCCGGUCGCCUUCUCGGCGCGCGAGCGGCUGGUGGGUGACUACACAAAGGGCACAAACUUCGGGCGGGACACGCACGAGUCCGCGCUCGGCAGCACCGUGACCAGCGUGCGCCUCUCUGUCGACGAGAUUGACUUGCUCGUCUCGCGGCUCGGCUCGUCCGAGUCGCCGCUCGCCUCCUCGCUGGCUGGCAAGCUGACGCUGCUGCGGCUGGCGCUGGCCCCGCCGGCGGAGGAGCCCGACCUGGCCGCGGUGGCUGCCUCGGUCGGCCUCGGCGCCUUGGCCGCAGGAGAGAGGCCGAGCAUUGUCCCCGUGACUGUGCUGACGGGAUGCCUCGGCGCCGGCAAGACGACGGUCAUACGCUCGCUGCUGCGCCAGCUGCCGGAGGGGUACAGCUGCGCGUGGCUCAAGAAUGAGUACGGCGACGCUGGUGUGGACCGCGUUGUUGCGCAGGACUCUCGCGUCGAGGUGCGGGAGAUAGUCAACGGCUGCUUGUGCUGCACCAAGGUCGGCGAGCUGGCGGACGCCCUCCGCGCGUUGCACGAGCUCAACCCCCACCGCAUCCUCGUGGAGGCGAGCGGGUCUGCGAUGCCUGGCCCUCUCGUGUGGGAGAUCGAGAAGGUCUGCGACAUCGUGCGCGUCGACGGCGUCGUGACGGUCGUCGAUUGCGCCAACUUCGCGCGCAUAAACAACUUCACGCACACCGCAAAGAUCCAGGCAAAGUGCACCGACCUGAUCCUGCUCAACAAGGUGGAGCUGGCGGGCGAGCGCCUUCUCGACGACGUGCUCGACGACCUACACGAGCUCGUGCCGGAGGCGCCCAAGGUGCCGACGCGGGGCGAGCGUGCGACCAUCGACCCAGCGCUCGUCUUUGGGCUCGACACGGCGCUCUGGCGCAGCAGCGAGGGCGGCGCAGUGCGGCCGGCGAGUCUGGAGGAGGAGGCGCACAUGGCGGAGGACGCCGAGUGCUUCCACGCCCUCCCCGACAGGCUGCCAGGCGGGUGGAGCGCGGACCGCACGAGCCUCGAGGCGCUGAUGCGUGCGGCGCCGCCAGACGACCUGCACCCGCAGCACGGGAGCGUGGUGCCUCUCAGCUUCGAGGAGGCGGCGGCGGAGGCGGCGCGGCAGGGCCUCGCGCCGCUUGGAGACACGUGGUGGCUCUUCAACGGCGUCGCGGGGCGGCUUACCCUCGAGCCGCUGCUGCACACGGCGGGCCCGACCUCGCUCGUCUUCAUGGGGCGGAACCUCAAGCAGCGCAUGCCAAAGAUCGAGGCGGCCCUCCGGCUGCCGGCAGGCACGGUGACCAACGUGUACGCCACGGCGCCGCCCGUGCUCUUUGGGGAGCGGCUCAUCACGUGCGGGGUGGCAAAGGGGCUGGCGGCGCCAGAAUGA